AUGGCGAAAGAGGGGCCGCUCAGCGAGCAGCAUCCAAAACGGGAGCGGUUGGAGCCUGGAGGCGUAAGCUCGUUUGAGCGCCAGCUACUUAUGAAGCCACCUGAGCGGCCCAACAUAUCGGCCGUGCCUCGCAGCGGCGUGCUUGGGCGGCUGCAGGACUUCCUGCCAAAGAUGCAGGCGGCCAACCACCAGCUGGAGCAGCAGUUGCAGGCUGGCGAGGUGACACUGGGUGACCUGGACAUCGAAAACGUGGAGGAGGGCGGGGACGCACCCGUGAUCGAGAUGGACCUGGCUUGCGGGCUGUUCGACAUCAAAGACGGCAGCGCUCUGGCGGCGGCGGAGCGAGCGCUAGAGGCGGGGCCGCUGGCGGACCCUGGUGGGGAGGACAGCGACAGCAGCGACGACAGCAGCAGCAGCGCUGGCGAUGGCGAUGGUGAUGAUGAUGCCGCAGGCGCGGGCGGCGCAGGCGCGAGCAGCAGCGGUCGCGGCGGCGGCGGCGGCGGCGAUGCGGUCAUGGGAGACGCAGAAGAGCGGAGUUUCAAAGGGGCCGGUGGGGUUCAGCUGGGCGAUGGGGUGGGGUGCAGCGGCGGCAGCGGCGAGGAGCAGGGUCGGGAGGGUGCAGGCGGCGCGAGCGGGCCGGGGCGGGCAAAGAGGAAGCAGAAGCGAAAGCCCCUGAUUGAGGAAGUCUGA